GUGCUGUUCCAGCUUCUCCUCCAUUAACGAUUACCAAAGAAAGAAAGAGUGAGAUGGAGAAUAUAACAGCAAGUGAACUUGCUGGUUUUGGGGUCGCUGUCUUGCUGCUUGGUGCCACAAUCACUGCUCCUAAAGUUGAUGCUUUCAUCUCUGCUUCACAGAGGAGUGCACUUGGUAUGUGCAAGAGGUGUGGUGAUCUGAAGGUGACAGCCUGCCCAAAAUGUAAAGGGACUGGGUUAAUCAGAACACAGGAUCCAUUCAGUUUUAACCUUAUGGAGGACAUAAAUCAAUACUUUGGGAGUCCCCAGUCAAAGGCUAAUUCCACACCAUGUACAAAGUGUCAAGCUAGAGGUCACUUCUCCUGUCCUGAUUGCUCUAAAAUAUCCAAAGUUUGAUUCCCUAUGUGCGAUGUGAAAAUGUAUCUUCUCUUUUGCUUGGACUUCAUUAAUUAAAAAUUUUCUUCAUCAACUUGGUAUGUCAAAAACAGUUGUAUACAGACAUUUGUAAUGGCAGCUUGUACCCAAACCUUUUUCUUUUAUCUAUGGCAAUUAUUUAAUAUGUCCCAGCAAUUCUGGUUGUUUAAGGCUAAUGCCAAAAGCAGCCACCUUGUCAUGUGGCAUUUGGGUUCUGGGCCCUGUAAUUGUGCUUUUCU